CUUAUUACUGGGAGUGCCACGGGACUUUUAAUUUGAAAAAUAAAUAAAUAUGCAACAGUAAAUAAAGUAAAGUAAUAUGCGGACCUCGUCAGGUAGAUUUUGGAUGUACAGAUAGAAUGACUCAACGGGCCGGAUCCGGCCUGGGGCCCUUAUCUUGCCCAGGUCUGCUCCAGAGGAAUAAUCUUUAAAUCUUCGCCUUUAGUCAUAAUCCAGGCACUUUUUAUCCUCCUGACUACUACAAUUCACCGUUGGGUGGGCUCCCCGCUUGUGCCAACACACUCCUGGAUUAGAUAUACAAUAAAUAACCUUACACUCGCUGCAUAAGAAGUUACACUUGAUGAACCGUAGGGUAUUCUAGGGUUAGACUCCCACCUGGUGGUUGUUUUGGAAAAACUGAAACUAAUACCAUAACAGCGCGGAGCAUACUGGGAAAAAUGUGGAGUUCAUUCAUGGACAUUGCGUUAGGUUCUUGAGAAACUGGGGAUUAACUCGAUAUUUGGAAAUUGAACAAUUGUAACAAAAAACCGACGUUUUGAUUUUUUUUUUUUUUUUACCAGUUACAGGACUAGCUGCUGCGUUACGUCCUAAACAUUAUAAAUUUUUAGGCCCCAAAUCCGCGGACUAUUGGCGCACUAGAGCCCGCGGAGAAGGGUGAUCUCCGAGGUAACGUCCCGUUGAUGUUCGGUUGACGAACUUGCUGUGGCAAACAACAUCAUCGUUUUGUGAAAUUACAAUAGUCACUUUUUGACAGCAUGUCACACACUGGUCCCCCCCCUCGAUGGCGGAACUGUCCAAGAAGAGGACAACCUGUAGCAGGUAAAUUCCUGCCCAUGAAGACCAUGCUGGGUCCGCAGUAUGACGACAAGGUGCCAGAAGAGAACAGGUUUCAUCCGAACAUGUUAUCCCAGUAUUUAAAGAGUCUGAAGGUUAAAAUGGGCUUGCUUGUAGAUUUAACCAACACCAGCCGCUUCUAUGACCGCAACGAGAUCGAGAAAGAGGGCGUUAAAUAUGUGAAGCUUCAGUGCAAAGGCCACGGAGAGUGUCCUACUACAGAAACUACAAACAUGUUCAUCAGACUAUGUGAGCACUUCAUGGAGAAGACUCCUACUGAAUUGAUAGGUGUCCACUGCACACAUGGAUUCAACCGGACAGGUUUUCUGAUUUGUGCGUACCUCGUGGAGAAGAUGGACUGGAGCAUCGAGGCGGCCGUGGCGGGUUUCGCUCAGGCCCGUGCCCCCGGCAUCUACAAGGGCGACUACCUGAGGGAGCUCUUUCGUCGCUAUGGCGACGUGGAGGACGCACCUGCCGCCCCCGCGCUACCCGACUGGUGCUUCGAGGACGACAAUGACAGGGGCGACCAGGACGACGACGGCAACGUGAUUGGGCAAGAUCCUCAGUCGGGCCCCUCCUCCUCGGGGUCGUCGGCGCCUGGGAAACGCCGAAAAGAGAGACUGAAAGUGGGGGCCAUCUUCUUGGAGGGGAUCACGGUGAAAGGUGUCACACAAGUUACUACACAGCCCAAACUGGCAGAGAUCCAGAGGAAGGUUCAGGAGUUGGCAGAGUGGGAAAAGUCUGGGUUCCCCGGUGCUCAACCUGUGUCUAUGGACAGACGGAACCUUCGCCUGCUAGAACAGAAUCCCUACAAGGUCAGCUGGAAGGCUGAUGGCACCCGGUACAUGAUGCUGAUAGAUGGGAAGAACGAGGUGUACAUGAUUGACAGAGACAACUCAGUGUUCCACAUAGCCAACCUAGAAUUUCCUUUCCGGAAAGAUCUCCGCGUUCACUUAUGCAACACACUACUAGACGGGGAGAUGAUUAUCGACAAGGUUAAUGGCCAACCAGUCCCGCGUUACCUGAUCUAUGACAUCAUCAAAUUCAACGGUCAGCCUGUUGGCCAGUGUGAUUUCAAAAUCCGUCUGCUGUGCAUAGAGAAAGAGAUAAUCUCCCCUCGGAUGGAGAAGAUGAAGACGGGACAGAUCGACAAGACCAAGGAGCCCUUCAGUGUCAGGAACAAGCCGUUUUUUGACCUCCACGCGGCACGAAAGCUCUUGGAAGGCAGCUUCACGUCCCAGGUCAGCCAUGAAGUCGACGGCCUCAUCUUCCAGCCGUGCGGGAAAUACAAAGCCGGGCGGUGUGAUGACAUCCUCAAGUGGAAGCCGCCCAGCCUCAACUCCGUAGACUUCCGUCUCAAGAUCGCUGUCGUGGGGGGAGAAGGGUUGCUUCGCCAGACUGUUGGAUUGCUCUACGUCGGCAGCUAUGACCGGCCCUUCGCACAGAUGAAGGCCUCCAAGGAGCUGAAGCAGUAUGACAAUAAGAUCAUCGAGUGCUCCUUUAACAACAACACCUGGGUAUUUAUGAGACAGAGGGUGGACAAGAGCUUCCCCAACUCCUAUGACACAGCCAUGGCUGUGUGUAACAGCAUUCAGCAUCCGGUCACGAAGGAAAUCCUCUAUGAGUUUCUGGACCGCUGUGCCCAAGGACAGAACCGAAAACACCCACCUGACCCGGAUGCAGAGCUCAUGCCCCCUCCCCCUCCAAAGAAACCCAACCGGGCAGCGACAUAGGAACCACACAGCGGGGUGGCCUGGACCAGACUGAACCAGUGUAGCAGUGUGUGUCUGUGGCUUGCAGAAGGAGGUCCUUCAAUGCUCAGCAGCCCCCCCCAUCAGAGACACAGACAUUUGAAAAGUCCCUCUCGUUGCUGACCGUUUGUUUAUCAGACUCUUAUCUGAAGACUUUAAAAAAGGAUUGAAUUGCUUAGUUAUCCCAUUAGAUAUCCCUGUGUAGUGUCCAUUCUUGCUUUACCUGCUAUGGUUCUUAUCAAAGAUAAAAUACAUGAUAGUAAAAGUAGAUUCUUUUUUAUUUAUUUUUUAUUUCCAUAUUUUUUUUUAUGGAACUCCCAAUUAAUGUAUUGAUCAACAACCGAGUAACUGGUGUUAUGACUACAACAGCACCUGACUAUGCAGCUCUUGUAAUUGUUUUUGUCUAGGUAUUUGUUUUGCUGUUUCUCUGUAUUUGGGAGGGUGGUAAACCCAUCUGAUCCCCACUGUCAACCGUGUCUCCCUCUCCCACCAGUGAAGUGAGUAUUUCCGACGGCGUUGUGUGGUAGCAGAAGAGGGCUAUUCCUUUUGGAGGUAUUCUGACGUUCAGUGGCCCGUCUUCUGGGUUGACAACAUGAAUAACUGUGAGCGGUCUCCUCCCCCGUGCGUGUUUGUGUGAAACGCACCCUGCCUCCACAUGACGUCACGCGGUCGUGUCGUCAGAACCCAGAAGAACCUCGGCAACAGCUUGGGAAAUGUCAGGAUAGAAACACGCCUCCUGUGUCUUUUCCAGUGUGUUCUUUUUCUUAUUUUUUCUUUUUACUUUUUUUCCUCAGCGUGUGUAGAAUGAUACGUUUUCAACAGUUGAUUUUGUAACAAAUAGCCCCAUUAAGGAAUGUCCUGGUUCAAAACAGAAUGUGACUUGUUUACUGCUUGUUUGGUUUUAUCCAUUAAAAGCAAUACAUCAUGUGAAAGUGAGGAUAUUUUCAA